ACAAUUGAUCUUUCUUCACCAUAUUUAAACAAACUUUUUGGUCCAUUUGAGGGUACCAUACCACCUUAAGAUCAUAAAGCAACUCAAUUACAAUAUUCAUGGUGUUGCUUGAUCUAAGUCCUCUCGGCCGAGGGGGUUUUACUGUAGAUGGCAGAAAGGUAAGAAUAUAUUUCUUACAAAGCAAAGUAUGAUUCUCUCAUCUUGAAAUUAAAAAUUCAAGUAUCUAGACGAGAACUCACAGUCAGACAUUAUUACUUCCGGUGGUUAAGCUAGCGUGACCGGUCAAAGAGGAAUGGAGAGGGCCCUGGAACCUUCAAUGGUAACCUUAUAAAAAAAUGUCCUUCCUUUCUAAGAAAAUCAAACUGAUUGGCUUUCAAACCAUAACGCGUUAAUCUUUACUCCUUUUGAAUUAAGUUUCGUUUCUUCAAGCGUCAUCCCUGGAUCAGGUUGCUUAAGAUGUCGGAAACAGCUCCGCUUUUGCCUGCCAUUGAAGCCAGAGGAGUUCAACAUACUCGAGUGCAAGUAGAAGAUGUUGGAGUAACUGUGAGAAUACGGAAUUCUCCGUAUGCCUAUUCCAAUCACUUCAUUACUCAGAGCCGACCUUACUUUCGGCGACCUUUGCCCACUUACAUCGAUUGCGUGCUGUUCUUGCGUUUCACAGGGCUGAUGUUUGUGGCCUCUUUCUUGGGUGCCUUGGCUCUUAAUGGUGGCUAUUUCAAAGGUGCACCGUUCUACUGUUUCUUAGUCUGCGCAGUUUUCAUUGGGAUUUUCUGCCAGCACGAGGUUGUAAACAGAAAAUCACUCAAGACUGUUUUGACGCAGCCAGUAAUCGAUGGUCAACGGAGCUUGAACGCGUUGUACGAAGUGACAAUCACCGAACUGCAGGGAAUGGCGCUUCAGAAUUAUCGAGCUGGAAUCGGCUUCGUUCAUGUGUCUGAAGGAAAAGUGAAAUUCCAAGCUUUUAACAGGAGGGCAGUGCGAGCCAUGAUGAGUGCUAAGCAAACGUCUCGAUGCAUGCUGUUCUUGUUCUUCUGUGCCGCUUGUUAUAACUUUUAUUUCAUGAUGGUUCACUCACUGGGUUUUAAAUUCUGAGGAUAUGUAACUGAAUGGUGUAGGUACAGAAUACAGCAGCUUACUUCGCUUCAUUUUGCAAAGGUCCCAAUUUACUUUUAAAUGAGAUUGCGUUAUGUUUCACUCGGGGAGUUAUUCUCGUUCCCAGAGCCACCCGAUCCUCUUGCUCCGCCGUCUUAAAGGGACGGGCGGCCCUGGGGAAUAGAAUAGUGUUGUAGAGUUAGCAAGAAUACAAAUAUUCGUGUCAUUUGUUUGCGUUCCUAGACAGGAAAACGCUUUACUCUUACAGUGUGUGUACAUCGUCGAAACUGAAGUACGAAUAAGGAUACGGUGUUGUUAUAUCUGUCAGUAAGAGAGCAUGAUUAUAUUCUCUUGCUGUUAGUUACCACGCGCGCUGUGAUUGGUCAAUCAACUUAGGGGGUCGCAUUCUACUGUACGGCUCGCUAAAAUUCACAUCUACUUUUGUUGCCAAAAUGUUUCAUGAUUUAUCGCCGAACCUUCUUAACUCUUAUAACAAGUAAAAGUUGAAAACUUUCUUUACUUUAAAUUGUGUUUUGCUUUCGUUUUGCUUUCGACGUGCGUCAGAAAUUUGAAGCCGUUCCGCGUGAAUAGAAAUCGUUCCCAAGCCCGUCAGACACACAACAGAGAUGUAACAAAUAUCUUCCUGACCUUGUCUUCUCGGUCCGUACUGUAACGUACGAAUCCUCGUUUUUUCCCCUUCGAUUUAUGGCCCAAGCGCAAAGGGGAAAAAACCGCGGUCCGUAACUUGCGGUAGGGACCGAGAAGGCGUGGUUAGUAAGCGGUAUUCACUGUUGGCUUACGACAUGCAGAAAAUCACUAGGCUCGUCAACGGCCAGUCAGGUGCCUCUUUUGUCUGUUGUAGACUGCUCACAACCACUCUAUUUUUCAACGCACGAGGAAGAAAAAGCGAGUGAAGUGAGCGCGAAGCACGGGGCCAGGGGUGGGGGCGCUGGCGUCCAGUUCUCUCACCAUUCUCUCCACGUGUUCAACGAUCGAAUAAAAAUGUAACAGGAAAUAGAGGGCUGUGAACAGUCUAUUGAAGAGAGGUUUUACUGUAGUUAGUAAACUUUUUGGAGCCAUAACAAGGAAGAACUCCACGAAAUUUGCUGAACAAAAACAGGUUACUUCACUGCAUUACCGUGAUAGGAACAUAGAGUUAUUUAGAUUUUGAUUUGGCAAUAAUAAAGUGAUAAAUUUAAUUUAUUAGCAAAAUAUGAAAAAAUAACUGAAGUAAUAAACUCGAGUUUCCACGA